GGAAAUAAAUAUGAUAGAUCUAGAGGAGUUUACACUUUUCGGACACACACCAAAAAUUACGUAGGACCGAACACUUCGUCGGUUUUUGGCUCAUAGAAACUUUAAUUAGCAUGUCUCACGCGAAACCACGGCGCCUGCACGUAAACUGUUCAUUUAUGAACACUUCCGUGUCAAGUACUUCCGUUUCCUUUCUCAAGAAUUAUUUUUAGAAAUUUUUUAACGUUGCAUGGUACGCACAUUUCUAUUUUUACACCAGCCGGAUGAAGUGACCUAGGGUUGGACUUAGGGGCAAAACUUGAACCAAUCAAUGCUUAGCUAAAAGGUUACACUAUAAAUAGCUUCUAUAUAUGUAUGGAACAUCGUAAAUGUCAAGGUUAAUGGGUUUUUUCGUGCUUGAACAAUAAAAAAGGGGUGUUCGCUAACUUAUUUGGCCUUACAUGGGAGCGGACAGCAACACAAAAAUAUUAUUAAAUAAGAAUUUAGAGCAUAAAAGGGGCUGGUUAUUGAAGGGAAAGGGUCAAAAUAAGGUCAAGAAGGCAGUGGAAUGCGAAAGAGGAGGGGGAAUCAUGUGACCUGGCUGGCUUAGCAGCGUACUGCGCGAGCCGCAAUGGCUGAAUGGGAUGAACUUUGGGAGUGUGGGAAAAAGGAUCCUCAAGAUGUGUGACCAUCAUCACCUUCGCUCCCCGGCUCCUGUUGGUAUAGUGGAUCAUGUCAGCAGCCUUUCAGAAAACUUUGCAGAGCUGGUUGAGUCGGAGGAUUAUGCCGAUAUAACAUUAGUGGUGGACAGGACUAAGUUUCGAAGUCAUAAGGUUAUUCUAGCUGCUCGAUCUGAGUUUUUCAGAGCCCUGCUAUAUGGAGGUAUGAAAGAGUCACAGCCUGGAACAAGAGAAAUAGAACUUCAAGACACACCCUCUGGGGCGUUUUCUUCACUCCUAAAGUAUAUCUAUACUGGUCGUAUGAACUUGACCGAGAUUCAGGAAGAUAAUCUCCUAGACAUAUUGAGUUUGUCACAUAGAUUCUGCUUUGUUGAACUGGAAUCCUCCAUCUCAGAUUAUUUGAAAGCAAUCCUCAACAUCCGGAAUGUGUGUCAUAUCUAUGACUUGGCAAAUAUUUACAAUUUGACAUCCCUGUGCAAUGUGUGUAAAGAUUACAUGGACAGAAAAGCACUGGAAGUCCUCAGCAGUGAAAGUUUUCUUUCUCUAACACCGACAUCCAUGCGAGAUUUGAUCUCACGGGACUCGUUCUGUGCACCAGAGAUUGACAUUUUCCGAGCUGUUUGCUGCUGGGCUGAACACAACAAGGGCCAGGACCCCACCCCUAUUUUAGAAGCUGUGAGACUCCAGCUGAUGGAGAUGCAUGAACUGCUGAAUGUUGUGAGGGACACAAGGCUGGUGUCCUCGGAUGCUAUACUCGAUGCCAUUAAAGUCCAGACAGAGAGCAGAGACAUGGAUCUGAAGUAUCGUGGAUUUCAAGUGCUGGAAGAAAAUGUGGCCACCAUAAGGCUUGAGGCUGCUGUCAUUAGGGGAGAGAUGAAAACAGCCUUAUUGGAUGGGGAUGUCCAGAACUAUGACCUGGACAGGGGAUUCACCAGGCACCCCAUUGAUGGCAACAACGGCAACGGAAUUGUCAUUAAACUGGGACAACCUUAUAUCAUCAAUACAAUCAAACUUCUACUGUGGGAUAAAGACAUGAGAUCCUAUUCCUACUAUGUGGAAAUCUCUAUGGAUGACAAAGACUAUGACAGAGUCAUAGAUCACACAAGCUAUCUUUGCAGGUCCUGGCAGAAGCUUCACUUUCCAGCCAGGGUUGUCAGGUACAUUAAAGUUGUUGGCACCCACAAUACAGUGAACAGAGUUUUUCACUUGGUUUCAUUUGAGUGUUACUACACCAGUCGUCCAUUUAGCCUGGAGAGAGGAUUGGUUGUUCCUACAGAAAAUGUAGCAACAAUAAAAAACAGUGCUCUGGUUAUUGAAGGUGUGUCAAGGACCAGGAAUGCCCUCAUCAAUGGGAACACCCGUAGCUACGAUUGGGAUUCUGGGUACACGUGCCACCAGCUGGGCAGUGGUGCCAUUUGCAUUCAGUUAGCUCAGCCUUACAUUCUAUCAACAAUGAGACUUCUAUUAUGGGACUGUGAUGAUCGAAGCUAUAGUUUUUAUAUAGAAGUUUCCACAGACCAGCUGAAAUGGACACAAAUAGUGGAUAAGCGACAUGAUGCUUGCAAAUCCUGGCAGACAUUUGCCUUUGAACCUCUGCCUGUGACAUUUAUUCGCAUUGUUGGAACCCAUAACACUGCUAAUGAGGUGUUUCACUGCGUUCACUUUGAGAGCCCAGCGGACACAGCUGUGGGAAAUUUGAUCAACAGUGUCCCAGUGGUAACAGGACCCCCCAACAGUCCUCGUCUGGGACCAGCGUUUCCGGUUCCCGAGAUGGACAGGGGACCCUCGCUUAGUCGCAGCACGAGCAGCACCAGCAGUCACAGCGAGAGCCAGCACUACAACACACAGGCGCGUGCGAACAGUGCACAGUAUUUCACACCCCCACAGCAACAGCCGCCACACUUCCCCCACCUGCCUCAAGGCCUGGAGCAACCCCUGCAGCCUGGCCACUUUGACGGCAAUGUGCUGCAACAGCAGGAUGUCCCUGAGGCCGAUAGAGUGGACACUGGUGCGCACUGUAUGGAUUCUGGUCCACACUGAUCAAAAACAAAUUUUCACUUUGAAAAAAACCAUUGAAAAUUGGGUAGGAUACACAGAUAUGUUUAGACAUUUUAGUACUGUUAUAAACUUUUUAACUAAGUGCUUUAAAAUUAACUUUCAACCCCUAAUGUUGUUUUUAUUUAUUUAGGAAAUAAAGCAGAGUAGUUGGAAUUACACUUACAAUCACAUUACUUGUGCUGGAUAAUCAUAAAAUAAUUAUUCAAUGCUUUCAUGAUCUUUAUUAUUUAAAGGCAAGAAAUUUAUCAUUGAUUGUAUAUAAUCAUGUUGAGCUUCUGAAGUUAGCUAUUGUAGAGAUAGUAUUGUGCUUGUGUAUAGGGAUCUGCUAGGAUUCUUUGAUAACACUAAACAUUGUGCUGAGAUUUGCUUUUUCUAGUUGUUUAGAAAUCAGUUGUUUACUAUUCAAAGAUUUACAGCUUUAACAAUACACCACCAGACGUGUGUUGAAAGUGAGAAAUUAGGUUUGUCUUUUUUUCUAGUCACGCUGCAAGUUGACUGCAGUCCACAUUAUAUUUUUUUAUAUUAUUUAUUUUUUAAAAGGGAUAUUAUGGCUAGGAGCAUGUUAGCUAACCGAACUCUUGAGUUGCUUACAUCAUCGCACUUGAUUAAACUCUGGAAAAAGCCAAUCCGGCUGAUGAAUCAAUCUAUCAAAUGAGUUCCCAGAUUAUCUAUUUCACCUGUCUAAAGAAAAGGCAGAGGCCUACUUUGCUCUCUUAGUUGGAGAAUAUUUUACAGUUUCAUGUUUUCAUUUGUUAGACUUGCUGCAGUAAUCAUGCUGUGUAAACAUUUCAGCUAAACAACUUUAUGAUUGCCAUUAAUUUUUUUUUACCAUUAUGUUUGUAAAUUUUUUUUUUAUGUUUCAUCUUUAAUAUGUUUAAAAAUAUUUUGGGUUGAAACCUUGCUAUUUUCUCAACGGCUGUGAUCUCACCAGGAAUACAUUUUGGAGAACUAAAAUUAGGCAAGUUAUCUUUACAAGUAUUUAAAUCCUAAAGAUCUUUGUAUUGUAUUUGGAAAAUUCCAAUUAAAUAAGAAAAACUGAGUAUACAAAAUUAAAGAUAUUUUGGUUUGUCAUAUAUAUAUAUUUAAUCAUUAUUGAUAACCAUUGACAAUCAUAGUUAUUUUGUUUUUUCACUUUAAAUAUUUAAAAGUGCUAUUAAACAUUUGACCUUU